AUGGAGCCAGAGAACUUCUUCUAUCACACAUUUGACCAAACCCCACCACCUCCACCUCAGCCGCCGAUUUCCACCACUAAAAACGGCCACCAUCAAUUCCUUCCGGCCCAAAUCGGCCAACCACAAACCAAAGUCAAGAAGAAGAGGGGAGGGGACCGCCAUGUGAAGGUGAACGGAAGGGGCCGGAGAGUCAGGGUUCCGCCGAUGUGUGCGGCUCGUAUAUUUCAACUCACUAGAGAACUUGGUCACAAGACAGAUGGUCAAACCAUUGACUGGCUGCUUCACCAUGUUGACCCAUCAUUGUUUCCUCCAUCUUUGGUCGGAAGUAGUGGUCCUCAGACGGUGGUGCCGGAAAACCAACAAUUGGGUCUGUCGGAGUUGGACUUGUUUCCAAACAAUAUGUCUUUUACCUCUUUGUUGAUGCAAGAUUAUACCAAGGCUAAGAUUGAGAAAGAGCAUGUUUGGAAUUUCGAAAGUUUUAGAGGUGUGGGCCAUUGA